GGCAGAAAAAAAAGUGGUUCGUAAUAUCAUUGAGAAUUGCUCUUGACAUAUUGCUUAUAAACUCUGUACGUGAGGAUUACUCGUGUGACAGUUAAGCAGUGCCAAGAAAUAUCAUCGAAACUACUAUCUAAACAAAUUUCGUGUGUAUUCAAUUAAAAAUUGUUGUACCCUUAAAUUGUACACUACUAAGAAUGAAAAUUCCAGCGUAUUGGAAGCCCUCUGUCCCUUGUGAUACGAGUCUUCACCCCUGUCCUAACGUUGCUUCAGUUGUCGUUGACUGUUUUUGGAAAGUCAUUUUAGAACAUGAAACCUGUUAUGAUGGAAAUGUGUUCGAGGAGAAGCUGCUUGAGAUCGUACACCAUCCCGAACGGACAAGUUCAGUGUUAAUGCGCACUGAUAUUUUGUCGGACGAACAAUUGGACAGCCUCGAGAAGGGUUUGGAGAAUUCGGAAGUUUCUAUUGAUGGUUUCGUUCUUCGUCGGAAAUUGCAUCGCCGUCUCGUCCCCAGAAAUCCAUUUAUCGAUAGAAAAAUGACACAGAGCGUCUUUGUGUUCCAUGAGGAUAUCGCCGGAACGGAGAAAACAGCACAACCAAAACGCAUUGUACUCUUUGUUCCUGAUUUAGAUGAACAGGCAGAAGGAUUGUACCAAAACUUGCCGUACUACCAUCCACCGGUAGCUGCUGUGGCCUGGAUUUUUGAGGGACCGAAGAUUAAGCUCGCAUAUAACAUUCCAACCUCAAUUCCCACAAAUCCGGAGGAUCCACUUGUCUAUCGAUUGGGCCGCACUGCUAACGCUCUGCUUCUUAUUCUUCAUCGUCACUGUAAGGGUUUUGUUGAAGGUUACAAAAAACGUAUGCAUCAUGAUACAGUUGUAGAACGCAAUGCUUUCCAAGACACAUAUGUGGACUUGAAAACUCGUUAUGCAAGAAAGCUUGUUGCGGAUUGGGUUGAGCGCACUGAUCCCAAAAAGCAUGUAUUUGAGGAUCUUGCUAUUGCCGCUUUUCUGAUUGAGCUUUGGAAACAAAGGCCAGAAACUAGUGAUAAGAAAAAUUUCUCUUUUGUUGAUAUUGGCUGUGGAAAUGGAUUACUCGUUCAUAUUUUGAUUAGCGAAGGCUAUAAGGGAUAUGGAUUUGAUGCCCGUGAACGAAAAUCUUGGGCUAUAUUCCCUGACAAUGUAAGGGAGUGUCUGCGUGAAAACAUUUUGGUUCCACAUUUUUUGCCUCAAGCGGAUGCAUUAGAAACAUUAAGAAAAGAAAAUGAGGAAAACGCUUUCGUGAAAGUUCAUAAUGGAAAGUUCGCUCCGAAUACCUUCCUCAUCGGUAACCAUUCAGAUGAAUUGACACCGUACAUACCUUUACUGGCUGCUUUAACUCCAAAUUCUGGUUACAUUUCUAUUCCUUGUUGUAUAUAUGACUUAGCUGGUGCGAAAGUCUCAUGGGAUUUACCGAAGCCACGUAACCCGGAUCAUGCUGGUCGUUAUGCUAGCUAUGUGGAAUGGACCCGGCAACUGGCGGAACAAACUGGAUGGGAAGUAGAAAUUGAACCCUUAAGAAUUCCUAGCACUCGAAACUAUGCACUUAUUGGCAGAAAGUGUGAUUUGCAUGAGAGAGAAGACGCUUUAGAUCAAAUUCUCAGUACCAUUCAAAAAAAUCACGGUGCAGAAGGCUUUCUUUCGCGUGCAAUUAAAGUGAUAUCUACUAAAGAACGUGGACAUUAGUAUCUAGAUACAUAGACUAUUCAUUUAUUGGAUAUUCCGGCUUUCAUAAAGCCACGACUUUUGUUGACUUUCUAACAGCAAUUUGUUUGUUUACGGCGCGUUCUAUGUAUGCCCUACCCUAAUUUUGACCGAUGUGACUAUUUUUGAGGCGUAUUAAUACCUGCAACUAAACGUGUCAGAAACCAUACAAGUUCAACAAUUGGCAAGUUGGCCAACUGCUGUGAGCUGGUGCUUAGCAUCGGCCGGCGUGUGUUGGUAGACAUGCGAAUCGUUGAUAGAUAAUGCCAGCGUAUCUGCCAGCCUGAAGUUUUCUAAUGAAGACGUUGGUUCGUAAGUCUCGGCGACAUUAUUUGUUAUCGUAUCCUUUUCUAUUCUAGUUAUGUGUCCGUGUUCGGUGGCAUUGUCAAUAUCAAUAAUGAAUGUUUAUGAUUUUGUUUGCA